AUGUCUAAUAAAGAAGAUAUAGACAUAAAUAAGAAGUUCGAAGAUUUACUAUUUGCUGAAGAAAAUGCCCAAGAUGUAGGUUACGAAGAAGGUUUAGAGGUUGGCAAAAAGCAGUUGGUAAAUGGAUUUCAUUUUGGAUACCAUAGGGGCAGUUUGUUAGGUGCACAAUUGGGAUAUUACAGUGGUAUUUUGGAACAAUAUUUGAGUACUAACGAAUGUAACUCAGAGAAGGGUGUUUCCAUUGCACGAAAGCUUUUGCAGGAUAUUUAUAAUUUUCCCAAAUUUAAUGACGAGACAGUCGAUAUGUUGAAGAGCAUAGAUAAUAUUAAAUUUCAAUAUGCCAAGUUUUGUGCAUUAGCGAAAAUAUUUAUGUAUGAUGAACAUUUCGAUAAAGUUGUAUAUUUCAUUAAUACAUAUCACAAAUUGAUAAACUGUCAUAUAGUUGAUUUUAUUACUGAAAAUUUAUGGAUGACAUGUUUACCAGAAACCUUAAGAUCAGAAUUAGAGAAGAAUGAAUUGAAUUGGAUGAAUUGGACAGAAAAUGAUGAUUAUCCUAUAUUAAAUAAUUUUAUGAAGUUGGCGAAAUCUUUAUCUUUACAAUCAUGUUCUAUAGAAAUAAAUUCAAAAGAUUUCUCAAAUACAUUGCCACAUAUUAACAAUCAAAAUAAAUGUAUGUGUGAAAGUAUUAAGGUAGAAUUUAUAAAUGCAAAAAAGUUACACGAAGUUGAAUCCCUUGGCAACAUCAUCGGGGAAAUUGCUGCAAAAACAAAUAAUUUAGUAAUAGAUGCUGGUGCUGGGAAAGCAUAUCUAUCAACAUUCUUAGCAGAAAAUCAUAAAGUUCCUGUACUUGCAAUAGAUUCUUCACAAUUGUGUAGUAAUGGAGCAAUUUGUAGACAAAAGAAAUUACAAAAGAAACUGAUACUUUCUCCAAUGCUGGUACGCUAUGUAGUUGAAGAAAUAAAUGAUAGAACCGAUUAUAUAAAAAUGAUAAAACAAAAUUUUUGCAGUUGGGAUAUAAAUAAAAAUCUUAUAUUAACUGGUUUACAUACAUGUGGUUCUCUUACUGAUUCAGUUAUUAGAACAUUUUUAGCUACAAAAGACAUUAAUAUUUUAUGCAUAGUGCCUUGUUGUUACCACUUGUCAAAUGAAACAUUUAAUAAAAAAAUUAGUUUUUCUAAGAAUGCUAGAAUGUUAGCACAACAAUCUAUUGAAAGGAGCAUGAAAAAUAAAUUUGUACCUUCAUCAUUGUUCUAUAGAGCAAUUUUACAAGUGACUUUUCAUUCCUUGGAUACCAUCACGGGAAACAUUAACAAAUACAUUUCAACUUUAUGCACAUUUAACGAAGAAGUUUUACAAAUUUCAAAUGUUAAGGAUACAUGUUGGUCUUGUAUUAGAAGCAGCCAUUAUGUUGGAUAGAAUAAUAUUUUUACAGAACAGUAAUCAGUGUUCUAAAAUUGCGAUAUUACGUUUAUUUGAUCCUAUGUUAUCUCCACGACGUUAUGCCAUUAUUGCAAUAAAAUAA